AAGGGUCAAAUGCCCUUUGGCCACAAAACAGAAAGAGUUGAACUGAACAGCUGGAAACAAAAGGACGAAAGACAAAAUAUUUGGGUCCAGAAAUUCUGUGUACGACUGUAUGGUUUACACAAUGUUGCUGGUUUUUAGUAUACAGUACAUUCUCUUUUUGCUGCCUCAAGCAAUAGAUUCACAGCUCGUGUCAUGUUACUUUAAGUUUGACACAGACACAGGGAAUUGUGUGAGCCACAUAGGGGACGUCACACAAGAUGAAUGCUGUUUCAACAGUCAAUACGGCUUCAAAAAUGAAAAUGGGGAAUGUGUGUCCUGUCGCAACGCCUCCUGGUCUGCCUGGUCGCCAUGGGGUCCUUGCUCAGUGUCUUGUCUGAAAGGCGUUCAACAAAGACGACGAAGAUGCGAUGGGAUUGGAAAGUGCAAUGACUCCAAAAAUCUUGGGACUCUGCAAACAGCAGUUUGUGAAGAUCAAGACUGCUGCCCUGAGCAAGGUGGAUGGGGAGAAUGGGGAGCAUGGCAACCUUGCUCUGUGACCUGUGGGAAAGGUGUGUCCAGGAGAGAGAAACCGUGCAACAACCCACCGCCCAAAUGUGGAGGAGGCUGUGACGGCCCAGGACAAGAUACUCAAUCAUGUGAAACAGGAGUCGUCUGCCCAACACAUGGUAGCUGGUCAGACUGGGGAACUUGGAGUCCCUGUUUGGGGACGUGUAGAAUGGAGGGUGCCACUCCACCGCCAAGGGAACGCAGGAGGACAUGCACCAACCCUUCACCAUCAUCUGUGCCAGCUGGGCGUCCCUGCCAAGGCCCUGACACUGAUACACAGGAUUGUUAUUCACUACCAAUAUGUCCUACCCAUGGUGCUUGGGGGGCAUGGAGCUCCCUCUCGGAAUGUUCAGUGACCUGUGGAGUCGGCCUACAAUCCAAGACGCGAAAGUGUAAUAACCCAGCACCAAAAUAUGGUGGAAACGCUUGCUUGGGGGACCACAAUGCAUAUGCAAUCUGCAUCAUACAAACACACUGUCCAGUGGAUGGAGAAUGGGGAGAGUGGAGAGAGUGGGAGACAUGCAAGAAAGAAACAUACAACAGACCAAUCAGCUGCACCAAAAAGGCUGGCUCACAGGUUCGGCGGAGGAGCUGUUUGUUCAGGGACUUUGGUGGGAAAGCAUGUGAUGGUCUCCCUGUUGAACACAGGCUUUGCUAUGACAUUAAACACACAACUGAACGGCCUUGUGAAAAGCCUGCUCACUAUACAGAGUGGACCGAGUGGGGUUUGUGCAAGCCUUCCUGCGGAGCAGAUUCGAAACGACGGAGAGAUCGACUGUGUGUGGCUGAUAUCCCAGAAUUUGAGAAAACCACCUAUGGAGAUGUCUAUUAUUCUGGACUACCCAGACGGAAAUGCUCCCCAAUACUUAUGGGUAUAAACAAGACGCAAAUGGAACCCUGUCUCAACGUGCCUGCAUGCUAGGGUGUGCUGUUCCUGUCCUCUGGGAAAAUGGAAGAUAAUGUAGAAAGUGAGGGUGAAAAUGAAUACAUAAACAUGUGCAAAUUUGGAACUCACAUUUUAAAAACCUGUCAUGCAUUAACAAA